CGCUACGCCGUCCGCCUCGUCGGCUCGUGCCUGGCCACCUCGGUGGAGCCCGACGAGGGCGCCACCGCGGACGCCAUCAAGCGCAAGCUCACGCGCGAGGGCUCCGCCACCGCCGCGGUCAAGUUCGCCGAGCUCCAUCGCAGGCUCGCGCAGCAGCCCGGUUUGAAGGCGCGGUGGGCGACGCUCCACGCGCUGCUGCGGGUGAGCGAGGACAGGCGCGCGGAGGAUCGAGCGGUGGUCCCCGCGGGCGGCGGCAUCGGCGCGGGCGCCGCGACCGCGAGGCACAUCGCGGACCCGCUCUCCGCCGCCGCAGCCGCGGGCGGGCUCCCCGCCCUCGCAGACCCGGAUCCCGCCAGAUCUCUCGCCGCGGGCGACGGAUCGACGCUCGGGCUCGACCACCCGGGCUCGCGCGCGCUCGCCUACCGCGAGCUCGCCGCCGAGGCGGAGACCAACCUGGAGAUUGGCGAGCAGGAGCUCGUGCGCGACGUGCUCUUCGCGUGCCAGGGCAUCGACGGCCGGCACAUCAGGUACAACCCGCAGAUGGCUUCGUACGUCGUCGAUCCCGCCGCGCCGGUGAGGCCGGGCGCGAGGGACCUGGCGAGGAAACUCACGGAGCUCGGCUGGCUCUUCCGACGCGUCCGCGCCGCGCUCGGCGGCGUGGACGAGGCGGGCUUGGGCGGCGACGGCGGAAGCGUGCGGCAGGCGUUUCGCGCGGCGGUGCAGGCUGAGCUCGCGGACUACUACCGGCUCAUCGCCGUGCUCGAGGCGCAGGCGCAGGUGCCCAUGGCAUCCGCGCUGGAGGCGCCGACGACGGGAACUGGCGGCGGCACAGCUGGCGGCGGGACGUACCUCACGCUGCGGCGCCUCUCCGUGUGGCUCGCGGAGCCCCUUCGCCGGCUCCGGCUUCUCGCCGUGCUCGUCGACGCCGCCGCCGACGCCCGCGGCGGCGCGCUCCUCCGCGCGCUGCACGAGCACGCCAAGCACGGCGACCCCGCGACGCGCGCGACGGUCGAGCGCCUCCUCGCGGCGGCGGCGGAACCGGCGCUGCGGAUGGUUCGCGCGUGGGUCGUCGCCGGGGAGUUGGAGGACCCGAGGGGCGAGUUCUUCGUCGCGUCGGACCCGGCGGUCGGGGAGGAGGACCUGUGGCGAUCUCGGUACUUCAUCAACGACGAGAUGAGGCCGCCGUUCAUCUCGGAGGCUACCGCGGCGGACGUCCUGAGGGUCGGUAAGUCGAUCAACUUUCUCCGACGGCGGUGCGACGACGAGAAUUGGGAGCGCGAGCGAGCGCCGGUGGCUGCUGCGGCGGCGGCGGCGGGCGGUUUGUCCUACGGGAACCCCGCCGCGCUGGACGCGCUGGUGUCCGAGGCGAAGCGGAGGAUCGACAGGGCGCUCCGCGGCGUGCUGUUCGACCGGUACAAGUUUGCGGAGCACUGCGACGCGGUGAAGCGGUACCUGCUGCUCGGCCAAGGCGAUUUUCACCACUACCUCAUGGACCUCGUGGGCCCGGACCUCGCGGAGCCUGCGUCCACGGUGAGCGCGUACAAGCUCACCGGGACGUUGGAGUCGGCGAUACGCGCGUCCAACGCGCAGUUCGACGCCCCCGACGUCCUCGACAGGCUUCGCGUGCGCAUGAUGCCGCACGCCGGAGCCGAGGAGAAGGGGUGGGACGUCUUUUCGUUGGAGUACGUCGUGGACGAUCCGCUGUCCACCGUGUUCACCGAGCAGGCCAUGGGGAAGUACCUCAGGGUGUUCAACUUUUUGUGGCGGCUCAAGCGGGUGGAGCACUCGCUCUGCGCGACGUGGCAGACGAUGAAGCCCAACGUCGCGGCGGCUUUGCAGAGGGAGGGAGUCGCGGGAGCCGCCGGCGCGGCGCUCUCGGGAGAGCUCCGGAGGUGUCACACGCUGCGCGGCGAGAUGCACCACUUCAUCGCCAACCUGCAGUACUACGUCAUGUUCGAGGUGCUGGAGGGAUCUUGGGAGCUCUUCUCGCGCGAGAUGGAGGAGGCGUCGGACCUGGACUCGCUCAUCCACGCGCACGAGCGGUACCUCGACACCAUCCUCCAGAAGGGCCUCCUCGGACCCAAGUCGCAGCUCCUGACCAACACCUUGGGCACGCUGUUCGAGGUCAUCCUUCGGUUCAGGGGCUUCGCGGACAGGCUGUACGACGUGGCGAGGGACGCGGCGAUGCGCAGGCAGCUCGCGCAGCUCAGGGUGGAGCAGCGCGCGGAGGAGAGCAAGUGGGGCAGCCUCCCGGGGGAAGACGCGGCUGGUGGCGACGGGUUGCUGAGCGAGGACUUCGUGGACGAGAUGCGCGAGCAGCUCGACGCAAUCUCCGCGGACUACGCCAAGAUGCUGGACGGGUUCCUGAACCUGCUGCCGCUGCAGACGCACGUGGACCUGAAGUUCCUGCUGUUCAGGCUGGACUUCUCGGAGUAUUACCAGAGG